GGAAGCACAGAGGAAGAUGAGCGCGGCCAAAUUGGACUUUCUGUGCAUAUCGGAGUGGUGUUGAGAAAGAGAAAAGAGGUAGGAGAAGAAAAAAGGGAGUCAAGCUUGGCAUCAUUUGAGUUAUUCAGCUCAGCUCGAAAAAGUCUGCCUGGACACACAAACCACACAGGGCCUCUCGGCACUGUCAACAACUGCAGCGUGGAUGGUCUGCGAGACCAGUCCAGAAGUGCUAGGAUUUAUCCCUGUUGACACUGGACUCUGUUAUACUCCUGGCUCCAUGCAGCAUUACACGUCAAUUGUACCCAGCAUUAAGAGGUAGGGCUGAAACAAUGGGCCUGCACAAUGGAGAAUGACAUUGACUUCUACAAACACUUUGCUUGGCUUAGAAAGGUAAACCACCAGUCUUCAGACAACAGUGAGUCCUACCAGGAGCGUUUAUCACGUCUGGAGGGAGACAAAGAAUCUCUCAUUCUGCAGGUCGGUGUGCUGACAGACCAAGUAGAGGCUCAGGAAGUAAAAAUCAGCGACCUGCAGAGUUCAGUGGUGAAGCAUCGACUCAAACUCAACGCCACAGAGGAGAUGCUGCAACAGGAACUAGUACAUAGGACGUCACUGGAGAAACAGAAGCUGAGUCUCAUGGGGGAGGUGUCCUACCUGAAACUGAAGCUGGCAGACAUGGAGGAGAAACCAGGCCAAGGGACAGAGAGGCAGCACAAAGCAGAGGCUUUGCUGAGGGAGCUGAAGAGUCUCAAGGACAAGGUGGAACGCCUGGAAGAUGAGAAGAUAGAGUAUGAGAAAAGACUGAAAGCCACCAAGGUGGAGAUCAGCGGCCUUCAACAGCGUCUCCUCAGUAAGGACGCGGAGAUUGAGAGCUUGCACACUCAGCUGCUGGCGAGACCACCACUCUCCACUGAGAGCUCUGAGAGAGACGAGGAGCUGCAAAGACUUAAGAGUGACAUUAAAUCCUUGGAAGCGGCCCAUGAUGAAAAGGACCGGCGGCUUGAAGAGCUCACUUUGCUCUUAAACCAGUGCAGGCAAUUCAGAGAUCUACCGCACAACACCAGGCAAGCUCCACCUGCUGGCCGUUCACUGUCAAACGGAAGGACACAUUCCAGCAGCAGUGAGGAAGAGGAGCAGGGCCAGAGAAGGAAUACUGACUCAGCCAGUGCAAAGUCUGAAGAUGUCAAGUCUGAUGUUUCCACAACCAGCGCUUUCUUUUAUCAAACAUCACCUGCCUCUCAGAAGGAUAUUGACUGCAGACAGGAUACACACGCAUCAUCAAGUAGCAUGAAUGAUUUACCAGACGGCCAGAAACAGAAGAGAGACAGCAGGAGUCCUAUGCUGCCGGCUCGUUCGUCUCCCACUGACAGCAGCACAGAGCGGUCGCCAGAUGACAGUGAAGAUGGAGACUUCAGCCAAAUGAAGUCGGAGAAAGUGAACAACGGCACUGGGACAAAUUCACCACCAGGCCAGAGAACCGUGGGCUCACCAGACUAUAUUAAGACUAACCGGAGCCUCAGGAGGCUGUGGGGGAAACUUCGAAGAACACAUUCUGGAGGAACACAAGCAUCGGACUCAGAUGCUGGACCUUUCACAAGAGGGGGUUUCCGUGCCACAGCAGGAGCCAGACUGACUCGCACCCCUGAGUCUCAAAACUCUGUAUGUGACAUGAAUCUGCCAUUCAGCCAGUGGAGUAGGGAUCAAGUGUGCAGCUGGUUGGAGGACUAUGGACUGGGCCAGUAUGUCAACCUGACUAGGCAGUGGGUUGAAAGUGGACAGACACUAAUUGCUGCCACGCCUCAGGAUCUUGAGAAGGAGAUGGGAAUGAAGCAUCCUCUGCACAGGAAGAAACUGCAGUUGGCUUUGAGGGCAUUUACCAAUAAAGUAUCGGAGAAGUCAGCAACCCUGGACCACAUCUGGGUUACCCGAUGGCUGGAUGAUAUUGGCUUGCCUCAGUAUAAAGACCAGUUCCAUGAAGCUCGUGUAGACGGCCGCGUGAUACAAUACCUUACUGUGAAUGACCUCUUGAGCCUAAAGGUGACCAGUCAGCUUCAUCAUCUUAGCAUUAAAUGUGCCAUCCACGUCCUCCACGCUAACAAGUUCAACCCCCACUGCCUACGCCGCAGACCAGGGGAAGAGAAGCAGCCUUCUCCCUCAGAGGUGGUGCAGUGGUCAAACCACCGUGUGAUGGAGUGGCUUCGAGCUGUUGAUCUUGCAGAGUAUGCACCUAACCUUCGGGGUAGUGGUGUCCAUGGUGGACUGAUUAUCCUGGAGCCUCGCUUCAGCCCAGAGACGUUGGCCCUGCUGCUAAAUAUUCCUCCACAGAAGACUUUGCUACGACGCCACCUGGCCAUGGCGUUCGCUACUCUGGUCGGGGCUCAGGCCACGCAGGAGAAGAGAGAGUACGGCAAUGCUACAGGCCACAUGCCCCUCACUACCACAGCUAAAGUGAAGCCCAAGAAACUCGGCUUCACCCAGUUCAGCCACCUCAGGAAAAGGAAACCUGACGAGUCAGCAGACUACAUCUGCCCAAUAGAGGGAGGAGCUCUCAGCUUCAAAGGAGUUUCUCGUCUGCCUUCCGCAGCUCUCCGGGACAUCAGCCCCAACUUGGACAGACAGCCCAAAAAGCAGGAGCAGAGCGAGGGAAACACGUGGCUGACCCCCACUAACAGCCAUUAAAAAUGAAGACAUGCGCUCUAAAAGAGUUUUUUGAUGAUGUUCUGGAAUCCAAAAAUUAUAUUUAUGACUUCCGUCGUUUUUGAAGGAGUGAUGUUUGAAUUGUUAAAGGGACUGUUUGCAACCUUUACGCCGCUGCCUAGAGGGCGCUAACUUUCUGAAGUGUUGUAAGCAUUACCGUAUUUUUCGGAGUAUAAGUCGCUCCGGAGUAUAAGUCGCACCGGCCGAAAAUGCAUAAUAAAGAAGGAAAAAAACAUAUAUAAGUCGCACUGGAAUAUAAGUCGCAUUUUUUGGGGAACUGUAUUUGAUAAAACCCAACACUAAGAAUAGAUAUUUGAAAGGCAAUUUAAAAUAAAUAAAGAAUAGUGAACAACAGGCUGAAUAAGUGUAUGUUAUAUGAGGCAUAAAUAACCAACUGAGAACGUGCCUGGUAUGUUAACGUAACAUAUUAUGGUAAGAGUCAUUCAAAUAACUAUAACAUAUAGAACAUGCUAUACGUUUACCAAACAAUCUGUCACUCCUAAUCGCCAAAUCCGAUGAAAUCUUAUACGUCUAGUCUCUUACGUGAAUGAGCUAAAUAAUAUUAUGUGAUAUUUUACGGUAAUGUGUUAAUAAUUUCACACAUAAGUCGCUCCUGAGUAUAAGUCGCACCCCCGGCCAAACUAUGAAAGAAAACUGCGACUUAUAGUCCGAAAAAUACGGUAUAUCCUGCCCUUGUCGACUUUAAGCAUGUAAACUACGCCCCACAUAAGUUGGGUCGAUGCUUUUAUGUACACUAUGCGCACGCGCUGCCAGCGUGUACAUGUGCAUGAGACAGCUUUGGUUAGUUGGUGGUGUUUUUAUUGUUUUGUUUUUUUUGAAAACAUUUUACUUUGAGCAGGUUGCAGGCAGCCCCUUUAAGUAAAAGCUGCUCUUUGCAUUCCUUUUGCAUUUAUUCCAAGGCUUUCCUUUUGCCACUUUGUAGGAGUGCAUCCGUAUGAUCUACAGUAUUUCUACAGAGAUGAAAUGGUGCUCUUUUAUGAUACAGUAGCGGAUUCAACGCAACACUUUAACAUAAUGACAGUCACUUUUUUUAAUCACAUUGUUACAUAAUCUUCAACUCACAAGUUUUUAAAUUCUCGCAGUUUCAAAGGUCUUGUCCAAAUCACAUAGAUAUCCUUACCUCAUGUACCUUCUUCAUAUAUUUACUGCUGUAAAUAAUAAAUUAUUGCAAUACC